AUGGGAAUGGGAAUUUUACCAAAGCUAGGUUGCGAGCGAGAUUUGAGUGAUAAGCCUAUAGGAUUGGGAGUUAUAUCCACGAGGUAUGCUAUGUAUGUGGAAGAUAGGGUUGUGAAAAUCUUGAAUUUCAUUUGGAGGAGUAUGAAGCCUUCAAUGUUAGGAGUGCUGAGGAUAUGCUCAAGGUCAAUUAAGGAUGGAAUUGAUAAAGAAGAGGAGAUCGAAGAAGAGGAGGACAUUGAUAGCCAACCCAAUGUUUUUGUAAAGAAAAAUUCGACUCCAGUUGUUACAGAAGAAGGAAGCCCGUGA